GAUAUUCCGUGGCGCCAUGCAGAUAUCAGACGUAGUACUCCCUGAUCUGCCACUAGGAGUGGCGGGAUUAUACACCAGCGAGUCUCGUAAUUCUCCCAUUUUAGCUGUCGCAUUCAAUUCGUGUGUCUAUAUGUAUAGAAACAUGAAAAUGUUCUAUACAUACUACUUACCUGCUGUUGAAUUCAAUGAAAGUGAAAAAGAAGCAUGGAAAUGGUUAUCGGAUUCAUUAAAUCACACUCCAGAAGGAAUAGUAGCAUCUGUUCAAAGCCUAAAAGCGACAUCACCUAAUAUCCUCAGUUUGCAGUCCAGGCAAUUUCUGGCUAUGUCAACUGAUCAGCAGCUGGAAUAUUUGGAACAUAACAAGGAUUUGUCGUUUAGAAAGGUGCCUGAAAUUGCAUGUAUAACAACACUAAAGAUGCACUCAAUAGACCGCUACUCUAUCAGCUCUCUGGUGAUUGGCUCUGAAGACGGGGAGGUCAUCAUACUCGAUCCUCAAACUUUUACUUCUAUUUCCCAGGCCAAAGUUUGCAUCGUGAAGAAGACGCCCCAUCAAAUGAUUGCAACCGGACUUUACAAUGUCGAUUACAGAAUAACCAUUGCUACUAGAGAGAAAUCGGUAUGCCUGCUAAAACGCGAGUGGCCGGAAGGACGCAUCCUAUUCAAUACCGACGACCACAUCAUCGCUAUAGAAGUCAUACCAACGGAUAACAGUGUUAUGGUUAUUUGCGCGGACCAUACGUUAGCAUCGUACAGCAAAAAGGGUAAAAAACAUUGGUCUCUAGUUCUAGAGCAUCGGCCGGUGUCAAUGACAUUAAUGCCUAUAAUGCACCUGGGAGUGACAUUAGUGGCCGUGGGACUCGCCUCAGGACAUGUCGAUCUGUACGACGCGAAAUCGAGAAGGGACGGAUUGUUCGUUAGAGAUAUAGCAUCCGUGAUGAAAUUUGGGCAACUAGGGCAAGAGGAACACGUGUUUAUUAUUGUCACAGCGAGCGGCACUCUAAUGUUGAAAAUCCUAAAGCGCACCGCAGAAUUCAAUGCGCACGCGGCGGGCAUCGAACUCGCGGCGGCCGCUAAUGCUCAGAAGCCCUGGCUCAUUCCGAAGAAGUCCAAGUUAUUCAUCGAGCAGUCCAUGAGAGAACGAGAACAUGCUAUAACUAUGCACGAGAGCUUCCAGCACGAGUUGAACCGCCUACGUCUAACAGCUGCAAAGACCUUGCUCGAAGCUCACGUCAAGUCCGACAACUUCAUAGGCAUCGGAGCUUUGGAACCGGUACGAUUGGCUGCAGAGGUGGAAGGUCUAGGUCCGGUGUUCCGCGUAACACUCAUAAUAGAGAAUACGUCGAACGACAAAGCUGUCAUCGGCCUCGCUAUACUUUUUCAUGUACACACUGCCAACUACAAGGUUUCUAACCCCUACAUCAAGGUACCACUCCUUGCACCAGGCCGUAAAUUGAAGUUCCCCACGCGUAUAGAAGAAGUGUUCGAAGAAAACAUCAAUCCGGACAUAUUCUUUCGCUCCGUGACAGGGCAGGGUGGUGAACGGUCAAUGGUCAAAAUAUUACUGUUGAAGGACGGUAGAGACAGUCCAGUUUUAGCUGCGACAGUCCAAAUGCCUCCUACGGAUCCCAUGAUGUUGCCUUACGAUAAAAUGCAGGCGACCGCUGACUUUGGAAACAAUGACCAAUUUGUACAAUCGUAAAGUGAUAUAAUAAUAGGGAUGCCGCAGAUGUGGG